UGUAGUCAAACUCGUAAGACUUGUAGGUUUAACUGCGCAACUCCAAGCAGAUUUACGGUAAAGUACAUGUUCGCCUCAUCGUUGCUAUGGAUACCAAGGACCGAGCGAGUUUGGGAAAUGAACGUAACAGCAGCUCUGCAACUUCACAUAUCACUUCUUAAAUAUUCGUUCGUGUUUUAAUCAGCAAACUGUAUUAUUUUUAAAAACCAGCUGUUUUGUAAAUGUAGUUAGAUUGUUAAAUCUUAGCACAGUUGAUGUUUGCAAGCAACGGUGCUAGUUGAAUAGGGUCUGUUUGCGACUGUGUUUAACAUAACGUUCUAAUAAAGCUGCAGAUAUCUGUUAUAUGUACACAACAACGUUAAGCUGUUUAUAAAGACAUAUGGCAGUGUAGUUUAUUCAGACUUCCCGCACUCAUUUGUAAGCAAUGUUUAAACUGAAAGAUAUGAAGGAAACUGCGGCACCGCCUGAAAAGACAGAAGAUCUCAAAGCCUCGAUCGAAGCAUUAGAGUUUCUUUCCAGCAUCGCAUCUAAAGAUGUAGAUCAGUGCCUGUUUGUGGACUCUAUGGUGACGGUUUCAGACACUGGCAGAGAACUAGGAGAGUUCUGUGUUAGUGUACAGAAGGCCAGCUAUAAUGAUGAACCUUGUUAUUUGGUACAUGCUAACAGCCAUGGAGCAAUCGACAAUAUCCCAUGUGGCACUUCUAUUACGGCUUAUCUAUCCAGGAGCCUUGACACACUAGAGGAGAAUCAUAAUGAAUAUAUGAAGCUGCAGGAACAUGCACUGGACAAGAAGUUACACAUUGUGAGGCAAAGCACUCAUCUAGUAGUGAACACAGUCAUCACAGAGAAAGACGAAGUGAAGAAGCAAGCAUUCACAUUCCCUCUGCAUUCUCUGCAAGGUUUUGUGUCUGAGGCCUCCAACCUCCUGAUCCUGCGCAUUUUGGCUAAACGGAAAAAAGUUCCUGAAAAUCUGACAUUCCUUUCACUUGAUACCAACACCCAGAUCGGAGUGUCAACCUAUAGGGAACUGGAGGUCAAGAAGCAAUUAAUUGGCGAAGAGGUGGUGGAGGUGUUUGGCAUUGAGAGGACUGUCUCCUCGGCAGAAAAAAUCCCCGCAACUUGGCACUGCUACUUCCUGCCAGAUGGACAUUUAGCCAACAGAGUGCAGGUUGGUUCAUCAGUUACAAUGAGCCUCCUACAUCUUCCUCCUAUAGACAGUGAAGAUGAGAGAGGUCGUAAAUCAGUCAUUGAGAAGAAGCCCCUGGUCUGGGAAGAGGAUAUUGAGCUGUACUCAAAGUUUAUUGACAGAAAGGAAGAGCUAAAGGCUGAUCACUCCUCCUAUGUUAGACAGCACCCUGAGCUUAAAGCACUACUGGCUGACUUCCUACAAAUGCUGCUGCUGAGAAAGCCUCAGGAUGUUUUCUCCUUUGCCCGUGACUUCUUCAUUCCUUUUGACCCUCAGCGUCCACCAGACAGGAGCUUUAACACGUCACAAAAUGUAACAGCUGCACAAGAAAACAAAUCCUAGCCAAGCCAGGCUUUAAUGUUUUCCAGUGAAUGUUUAAAUAAAGUUUUUGCUUUUGUGCCA